UCUUAGUGGGAAUCUAUAUAGAAGCUCUCUCUCUUUGAAUUGAAGAACAGCAAAUUCACCUUUCUUUUUCUACCAUUUUAGACCUAAAAAUUCGCCAUUUCUUUGAUUUGAACCCACAUUUUAUUCGAGGUUCAAAAUUGAGAAUUCCAAGUCUCUAAGACUCUCAACUACUAAACCCACUGCACGCAAUCCAGAAUUUGCAUGGUUCUCCAGGGCUGUUUUUUGACAACCCUUUGUUUGGUUGCCGAGAAAACUUUGGAAAAUUGGAGAAAGUUUUCCCAGCAAUCAGAAGACCGUUGGAGAGGAAGUAUUUCUCAUUUUAUUCCAUUGUUUAGUUGCUACUUUGAUCAGUGGAUAUGGAGACCCUUAUAGAAGACAAAGUUGUAACUACAGAAAGUUCUGCUGGAGGGGAAUCUGGUUUAUGUGAAGUUGACACAAAUCAAGAACCAUACGAGGGUUUGUUAUUUGAAUCAGAAGAAGCUGCCAGAGCAUUCUAUGAAGAAUAUGCAAGGCGGGUAGGAUUUUUAACACGCAUCAUAUCAUCACGUAAGUCAGAGCGUGAUGGGUCAAUUAUAUCUCGUCGACUUGCAUGCAAUAAAGAGGGAUUUAACCUCAACAGUCAAAAGACAGGGCGUGUUCGAAUUCGAAAACGAGAGAGCAAACGAGAAGGUUGCAUGGCGAUGAUUUUGGUGAAGAGGGAGAAGCUUGGGAAAUGGGUUGUUACAAAAUUUGUGAGGGAGCAUAAUCAUCCAUUAGUAAUUUCUUCAGGAAAUAGUCGGCCAACCCCAGAUGAGAAGGAUAGGAAGAUUCGAGAGCUAUCUUCAGAGCUACACCGUGCAAAUCAACGAUUAGCAGCAUGUAGAGAACAGCUACGCACGUUUAUGACAUACAUUGAGGAACACACGCAGUCCCUGUCAAGAACAGUAGAAAACGUCGUUCACAACAUCAGGGAAAUAGAAUCCGAAGAUCAAUAGAUCCCACCUCACUGCAGAGCCUUUCAUUUUACUGUAAAUAUAUCUGUAUAAUGUUCUACUCUUGUUAAUAUGAGAAUCGGCUAAAUUCUUCAAACUGUAUGACAACAUGGCUGCACAUCAGCUACCCAGGAUUGCAAUUGUGGAUACUCUGAUAUGUGUAUAUGAAUCUUAGGCGUCUGAAAUAAUUCUUGUUGUACA